GGAGACAGCAGACGCGAUUCCUCCGAGUCGACCGAUUUCCAUCGCCGAAGAGCGCCAACUGUGGGCGCGGACGCGUUCCAAACGCCAUGGCCUGAUGUCGAGCAAAGCCUAUGGCAUGCUGAAGUCCUUCUCCGGGCAGGGCCCUGGCUUGCCGCCCUUGCCCUCGAAGCGGCCAUCUCCACCAGCAGGCUUUCCAGCCCCUGCCGGCUCAGCGACCCGAGCGGCGUUGGCCAGGCGCUCCCACUCGGCUUCAGCCCUACGGCACAAAGGUCGCUUGUCUCCACUGAAGGUGGCGGCGCGGACCGAAGGGAUGGCCUCCACGGAGCCGACCCGCCUGUGUCACGCGUCCUCCAAAGUGCUGGACUUGGCGCGACAAGCCGAAGAGGUUCUCCAGGUUGGCGAUUGGUCGGUGAGAAAGCUUCCCGACAACCCUGAGCUUGCUUUCGUCUACUUGAAUGAGCGAGAGGGCCGUGUUGAGGUCCAGGCACCCCAGCAAGUCAUCGACGAGCUCGAGGCCGAAGGCCGAGAAGAGGAAGGUCCUGAUGAUCCUGAUGUCGAGACCGCUGAGGAACCGCUCUACCGACGGAUCUUGCUGGGUGCCAAGACGGAGGUGCCUUUGCGCAUGGCUCGAGAUAUUCUGGAAGCCAUCCGUGAAGAUCCCAGCAUUUUUGAGCAGCUCCAAGGUCGCUUUUCGGAUCUGCCGGAGGAGUCAUUGCUGAGCCUUGAAGAUGGUUUGGGGGAGGAGUUGGAAGCUGUGGCCCUUCAGAUGCAGCCAGGAGAGGUCUCAGAGGUUCUUGGCACCGAGGCCGGCAUGCAGAUCCUCUUGAGGGUUCAGUGAGAAUUCAGCGGCUUAGUCCACUCCAGGGUUCACUUGCGGAGAGUCACCCUGGUUCACUGAGUGGCAGGAACCGUCCAUGUGUUUGCAUUGAGCACCUAUGAGUUCUUGCAAGAAUGUCACAUUGUGUUUGUUGUUUUUCUGUUUUUUGGACAUGCAAGUGAAUUUGUUGAACACGUGCACAUAGGGGGAUCAUCCCUGGCGGUCUUUGAACUGCUUUGUGGGGUGCCACAUGAUUCCAAUCGUUGGAACCUUGCUCGCAAAAGUGUCCCUCGCUCA